AUGGAUGAUCUCUCCGCGGACAUCGAAAAGGCCGAGAUCGACGCUGCUGCUUCCGCCGGACACCCCUUUCCCUUGCCCUCCGUCGUCUCCGCCGCCCCCGAUCAGCCUCGUUCCCGCUGCCACUCCCGCUCCCGCUCCCGCUCCCUGUCCUCGUUCUCCUCCUCCUCCUCCUCCUCCUCCUCCUCCUCGUCGGGCACCUCCAACAGACUCCAUGGCAUUGCCAGCAUCCAGACCCUGCGCGAUCUGGAACGGCAUCCCACCGCCCUCAGUCGCAUAGCUACCCAGCGGAGCCAGCACUCCGCGACCGUCGGGGCUGGCCUCCGCCCGCACCCGUCCAAAAAGACCCUCCCCCCGUUCGGCGCUGGGAAGCCAUACCCGCCCCCUCUGCCGGAGAGAGAGGAAUACGUUGUUGAGUUCGACGGGCCCGACGACCCUCUGCACCCCCAGAAUUGGCCGGUUAAGAAGAAAAUCUUCACCGCCACCAUCCUCGGCUGGGCCACCAUGAUCUCCUCCUUCACCAGCAGCAUCUCCUCCCCCGCGAUUCCAGAGAUCUCCCGCAUCUACGGCGUAUCCACCCAGGUCGGGAUCCUCAGCCUCUCCCUCUUCGUCCUCGGCUUCGCCACCGGCCCGCUCUUCUGGGCCCCCUUCUCCGAGCUCAAGGGCCGCCGCCCGCCCCUCCUCAUCGCCAUAUUCGGCUUCACCGUCUUUCAAUUCGCCGGCGGCGCCUCCAAGGACCUGCAGACACUCCUCCUCUGCCGCUUCUUCGGCGGCUUCUUCGGCGCCUGCCCGCUCGCCGUCGUCGCCGCCGUGUUCUCCGACAUGUUCCACUUCUCCGUCCGCGGCCUGGUCAUCACCAUCUUCUCCAUGUUGAUCUUCUCAGGCCCGCUGCUGGCCCCCAUCGUCGGCGGCUUCAUCGUCAGCAGCCCCCUGGGCUGGCGCUGGACGCAGCACCUCCCCGCAAUCAUGGGCACCUCCGCCCUGUGCCUCAACGCCCUCUUCCUGCACGAGACGUACCCGCCCAUCAUCCUCGUGGAGAAAGCCGCCGAGCUCCGCCGCCUCACGCGCAACUGGGGCAUCCACGCGAAGCAGGAGGAGAUCGAAAUCGACCUCCGCGAACUCAUCGAGAAGAACUUCAGCCGGCCGCUCACCAUCCUCGUCACCGAACCCAUCAUGUUCCUCCUCAGCACGUAUCUGGCCUUCAUCUUCGGCAUCAUCUACCUCUUCAUGACGGCCUACCCGAUCGUCUUCCAGCGCAUCCACGGCUUCGUUCCGGGCAUUGCCGGCCUGCCGCUCUUCGGCGUCAUCGCCGGCCAAGUCCUCGCCGGCGCCUCCAUCAUCCUGUCGCAGUCGUGGUAUCUGCGCAAGCUGGAGGCGAAUGGCGGCAUACCCGUCCCCGAAUGGCGGCUGCCGCAUUUGAUUGUCGGCGCCAUAUCGUUCGCCGGCGGCUUGUUCUGGUUCGGCUGGUCCGGGUACAGAGUCGACGUGCACUGGGUUGUACCCACGCUGUCAGGCCUGAUGUCCGGCUUUGGCCUGCUGGUCAUCUUCGUGCAGUCCCUGAAUUAUAUCAUUGAUGCGUAUCUGCUUUUCGCCGCCUCCGCCAUCGCCGCAAACACCCUUCUCCGCUCCAUCGCAGGAGCCGCUUUCCCCCUCUUCUCUGAGCGCAUGUUUGCGUCUCUGGGUGUAAACUGGGCCAUCACGCUCCUGGGCUGUAUCGCCGUCAUUCUAGUGCCCAUCCCAGUCAUCUUCUACCUCUACGGCGCCAGCAUUCGAGCGCGGAGCAAGUUCUUGGAAAAGCAUAUCGUGGUUGAUGAGUGA